GCGCGUCGGAGCAGAUCAUUUACAACAGGGGACAAAAAUCAGUUUUGUAAAGGAAUAAACUUUACUAAAUCGACACACCAAGACCAAUUUAAAAUAUUUCAACAUUUAGAAUUUUAUUAAGAUCUACUUAUAGUUGCUGAGUACGGAAUGCGACAUGCUUUUACCUUUAAUCUUUGAAUCGUGCUUCAGCCUCCCCUCGCAAGGAACGUCGCAUUAAAAGACUAUCCUCUUCUUUGCAGUGUGACUGGUUCCCUGGUGAAUUGUCUCCGGUUGUAACGUUAUCGUUUUCACUUUUUGCGUUUUGAAGAAAAAAGUACCAUGUCGGUGGCUUUUGCAGCUCACAGGCAACGGGGAAAGGGUGAUAUAACACCCGCAGGAAUACAGAAGUUAUUAGAUGAGAACAACCAGCUCAUUCAAUGCAUAAUGGACUUCCAGAGCAAAGGAAAAACCGCAGAAUGUUCACAGUAUCAGCAGAUGCUCCAUAGAAACUUAGUCUACCUGGCCACAAUAGCAGACUCCAAUCAGAACAUGCAGUCCCUGCUGCCUGCUAAGUCUGAAUCCCCCACCACAGAGGUUAAGCGUGAACCCCCCUCUCAGAACAUGCCCAUGGGACCGGGCGGGAUGAGCCAGAGCGGGCCCCCCCAGCCCCCCCACGGCCACAGCAUGCCCUCCGAGGGGAUGGGCGGCGGCGGCCCCCCCGCCCCCCACAUGCAGAGCCAGAUGAACGGACAGAUGCCCGGACCUAACCACAUGCCCAUGCAAGGCCCCGGUCCCAACCAGCCCCCCAACAUGGCCAACAGCUCGAUGAGCGUCCCGCCCGGCGGCCAUGGUGCCAUGGGGGGCUACAACCACGCGCCGCCCUCCUCCCAGGGCAUGCCCGCGCAGGGCCAGAUGAACAUGACCCCCGGGCAGCCCAUGGGCAACUACGGACCCCGGCCCAACAUGAACAUGCAACCCAACCAAGGUCCCAUGAUGCACCAGCAGCCGCCUUCUCAGCAGUACAACAUGCCCCCAGGAGGGGCCCAGCACUACCAGGGCCAGCAGAACCCCAUGGGCAUGAUGGGACAGGUCACCCAGGGGAACCACGUGAUGGGCCAGAGGCCUAUGCCUCCGUACAGACCCCCGCAGCAAGGACCCCCUCAGCAGUACCCAGCGCAGGAGGAUUACUAUGGAGAGCAGUACAGCCACGGGGGACAAGGAGCACCAGAAGGUAACGCUCAGUACAACCAGCAGCAGGACGCCUAUCCCCAAGGCCCUCCCCCUCAGCAGGGCUACCCCCCCCAGCAGCAGCAGCAGCAGCAGCAGUACCCAGGCCAGCAGGGCUACCCUGGCCAGCAGCAGGGAUACGGUCCCUCUCAGGCACCUCCAGGGCCAUACCCUAACUACCCCCAGGGGCAGGGCCAGCAGUAUGGGGCCUACAGACCACCCCAGCCAGGCCCCGCCCAACAGCAGCCGCAGCAGCGCUCCUACGGCUAUGAUCACCAGGGUCAGUAUGGGAAUUACCAGCAGUGAGGGACGGAAGCCCCAUUCUAUGCUGAAGUUGUCUUUGCAUCCACUCGCUGACCUCGGGACUGGAAUUAUCCCUUUUUUUCCCAGCAAAAUAGUCACUAAUUUGCCCUUAUUCUGUUCCCAGAUCUGUGUAAUGGCUGCAAAAUGCAAAUUGAGCCUUCUUGAGACUAGGUAUUGAAAGAGACAGUGUCAUCCCCCAGCUUCUCAUGUGUCGAGUCGUUUGUUUUUGUAGUUUGCGCCUGCGUUUGGGGUUUCACAGUACACGACAGGUCUGCGCCACUCUCUGUCUGCACACAAAGCGACUGUCGCACACAGCCCCUUCCGCAGGUUCGUCUCAUCCGCUUUGCCCUGCUAUCAAGUUUCAGUGCAGCUCUUAUUUGAUCAGAUCGCUUUGAGGGAGGUGUUCAGAACGGUGAUCACCCACAGUCCGUCCAUUCGGUGCCGAAAGAGCACUCGAGCAUUUGGGGUGAACCGGUCUGAAAACAGUCGAUGCCUUAAACAUUAAGCUGCAGAGACGAAGACUUUUCCCAAAGACUGACCUGCCUUGGACCCUCCAUUUCUCAUGCUGAAAGGAGCAAUGUUUCAUUCCGGUUGGGACUAGGCUCCCUGCCACUUCCGGCUUAUGCAGUGCGUCUGUUUAUCCGUUGUCUUUUGGUUUCGUUCAGUUUUUUUCUACAAAGCAAUAAUCAAAGGCAGGGCAUCGUUUAGUCUGUGUAACAUUCUGGGAGAUGGUAUUUUGUAUCAAGGUAAAAAAAAAAAAAAUGUGAUGUACAAAUGUAUUUUAUGCUUUUAGAUGGAACUGAAUUUGUAUAGUGAUUUGGUAACAAGUACAGAAUUUUUUUUUUUUUCUUUGUGUGUCCAUUUUCGUCCUUGAAAUUUUUUUGUU